GUUGCUAUAGUGACUGAGAAACAAAAUGGAGGAAUCAGCAACAUACACUAUCAGACCAAAUUUCAAAGACAAAUUCCGUCCUUCAUUAGUGAAUGAUAUGAUAUACAAGGUACUAAAGGAGAGCCUUCAAGAUAAACAAUAUUCAAGUGAGGCUGAAACCUGGUGUAAGGAUAUCACUGAUCAUAUCAAGAGAAAUCUUAAAGAGUUAGAUCUGAAGAGAUACAAGUACAUAGUUCAAGUAGUGAUAGGAGAACAGAGAGGAGAAGGAGUCAAGAUUGGCUCAAGGUGUUUGUGGGACACUGAUACUGACAACUACUCACAAGGAUUAUUCAUUAACGACUCCUUGUUUGCAGUAGGUGUGGCAUACGCUGUUUAUUAUUAUUGAAAUAAACAAGAACAUUUUCACCUAAUUAUUAUAUUAAUAAUAAUAAUAAUAAGUUAAUUAAUAUGUAUCUAUCAUCUAUUGUCACUAAUACACAGUACAGUA